GUCGAGGGAUUGGUUGGGUUUGCUUUUGAGAGUUCCGCUCUUCUCAUAGUCGUUGAUGAACGCGUUCGAAUAUUUCUUUUCUUCCUUGUCUGUCUCUCUCUCUCGAAGUUGGUCAGUUUCUUUCUCCGUCCGUCUGAUACCUUGAUUCUUUCUUGGCAACUAAUUCGCUUCACCGGGUCUUCAAUUCGUGGCUGUGUUUCUUCAUUCAAGCUUUCAGGUAAUGAAGAUGAUCCUCAGAUUCUGAAUCUUUCACCGUUUCUCACUUCAAACUCUUCUUCCUUUGCCUGCUACUUGUUUCUCAUCGUCUGGGUUUCCGCUAAUCGCUCUGCUUUCUGGGUCAACAAUAUUCUUCCUCCUACUCUAUCGUUUUGUGUGCCCCUGCCUUUACAUAUCCCUUUGCUCUCUUUGAUUUCCUGGUUUCUUGCUGUUUGGUUGCUGCAAAGUCUGAAGGUGAACCGAAAAGAAGAAAAUUGAGACUCCAAAGGUGUGAUAUGUGUUGUCCGAUUUUGUGCUCUUCUGCUAGCUUGUUUCGUGAAUGAGAAAUCCUGACCUGAUGCGGGUGAACUGCUCGAUAUUUGUAGAAAUUGAGCCCCAAAUUGUCUAAGUGUAUGGUUGUUCGGUUAUUCUCACAACUAUUCACCGUUUCUGUUUUGUGUUGCUUCGCCGCCAGAGUCGAUUUCUUAUUUAGUAGGAAUCCUUUCUUUCUUCUAGGAUGCUUUUGUACUGCGACAAGGAACGGCAGUAUUAGCAUCACCUUAAUCGUAGUCAGUUCAGGAUUCUGCUGUUUAUGUUAGUUGACUUUCAUUUUUUGUAUUAUGUGUAGGGACUUCGAUCUGGUAACUCUUUCAGCUGCUACACGUUGAAAUUCUGUGAAAUUCCCUUGCCUGUAAAAUAUGUUUAACCUGACAAAAUCUCCCCUAAGGGUUGGCAAACAUAGCAAGGUUGACCCACAAUAUCCGCCUCCUUCACUUGGUAACCCAUUUGAUUCUGAUGAUGAGUUGGGUAAUAACAAAACCUUUAAUCCCUCCAAGAGAUCUUCUUCAGAGCCAGACCUCACUGCACCAAGCUCUUGUACCAAUCCAUUUGAUGAUUUUGAGGAGAAGGGAACAUCUUCAUCGUCUUCUUCCCAUUAUGUUGCUUCUACCGCAAGAAACAAGUAUAAGAAUGAUUUUCGCGACUCAGGAGGAAUAGAGAACCAGUCUGUGCAAGAGUUGGAGAACUAUGCUGUUUACAAAGCUGAAGAGACCACAAAGGCAGUCAAUGGUUGCCUGAAGAUUGCUGAGGAUAUAAGAGAGGAUGCUUCUACGACUUUGAUUACGUUGCAUCAGCAAGGGGAACAAAUCACCAGGUCGCACAUUGUUACUGUUGAGUUGGAUAAUGAUCUUUCUCGGGGUGAAAGACUUUUAGGAUCCCUUGGUGGCAUGUUAUCUAAAACUUGGAAGCCAAAGAAGACUCGUCCAGUAAUGGGGCCUGUGAUCACCAAAGAUGAAUCUCAAAGGAGAGGUAAUCAUCUUCAGCAGAGGGAAAAGUUGGGUCUGAGUACUGCAUCGAAGGGGGUGUCUAACCCAUGGAAGCUCCCAGCCGAACCAACAAAUGCAUACCAGAAAGUUGAGAUGGAGAAUGCCAAGCAGGAUGAUGGACUCACAGAUUUGAGCAACCUAUUGGGGGAGCUGAAAGAUAUGGCUGUUGAUAUGGGAACUGAAAUAGACAAGCAAACCAAGGCUCUGGAUCAUUACCAGGAUGAUGUGGACGUACUAGAUAUCCGUGUUAAGAGAACCAAUCAACGCACUCGUCGUUUGCUGGGGAAGUAAUAAACUGUUGUAGUUCUUGUUGAAUACUGUGGACCUGCUGGCUGGUAGAGAUGUUUACUCUUGCUCAUCUUCUCACUGUAUCUCUCACCUAAUUGCUUGAAUUGAUAUUGGAAUUCAAACUCCUGUUUAAUGGGAUGGUACAUUAUCUUUUAUAUCAAACUGACAUUGUAAUUGAUACACCAUUUAUACAUCUUGACCAUCAUGGCUCAGUGUCCAGCAUUAGAGAAUCUUAUUCGCACUAUUCCUCAAUUUAUGUUGAGCAGUGGUGGUAAUGCAGUGAGUGGCAGUCUGGAAAAUGUUUGUUGUUAAUGCACGGGGAAGGGGGGUAGAGUUAAUAAUAUCAAGCAGUUGUA